AAAUCUGCAGGGUCUUACAAGCCAUGCUGUAAACCUGGAAGCUCCACUUAACCAAAAAUUUCAUAAUUGAUUCUUCAGACUCUUUCCCUUCGCUGCAGCACGUGCAUCGCCCAAUUCAACUACCAUUCUUCUCUGUAGAAUUUCAGUUGGCGGGAUUGGCGAGACGCUUCUCUUCCUCUUCGUCCCCACCCACAGGCCACAACUAACUAAAACCCCUCCAAUAAUCUCCCAUACCUUCAAUCUCUUCUUCUUCAAUGAUCAAAAUGGCGACGACCCAUUUUUCCUUCACUUGCCUCGGCUUUCUGUUCUUUGUCUUCUUGAUCUUCGCUUACACUUGAGUGAUUCUUUGAGCAAAUGGGGUUUCUUCUCCUGUUUCGUUUUCCAAUCUUCUGUUAGUGAAAACCCAAUGGAAGUGAAGAAUCGUCUUGGAGAAUGAGUGGUUCGAGAAUCCAUAGAUGGGAUUGAAGCAAUUUGGUUUGUCUUUGUCCUGCUUUUCUUCUUUCUGAAGUUUGAGUAUUUUGAUUAAUUGUUCCCCAUUUUCCCCCUCCUUCAAGGAUUUGCAGAUUGGUUGGAGUUGGAGUUUUACAUUUUGAUGACGUCAUUUUAAAGUGGGUUUUAAUGCAUUUCUUUUAGUAUGAUUAUAGAGGGUUAUGUUCUGGUGCCUGAAUUUUUCUGUUGUUUUAAUGGUUCUUCAUUGUGUAUUUCAGUCAAUGUAUUUAUUAUAGUGUUUAAGGAACAGUUAUUACUUGUUUGGCAAACUUGUUUCAAGUGUUGAGACAUUCUUUGUUGGGAGUUUUGCACUGUUCUUGCAGUCUAGGAAACUUUCAGCAAGAGUUUUUACUUGGUGGUUUAUGAUCUUCCUCAAUGAAAAGAUCCAACCUGCAACAAUUAUCAAACUCUCUGCCAUUACUAAGUUGGAUGAGGAUGAUAAGCAUCAUAAGCUUUCUUGAUUGAAAUCAAUUCGCUGCUUUAUAAAUCAUUUUAGGUUACUAAGAAGCAAAUGUUGGAUGCCUAACACCAACAUGUUUGUUAGGUGUCAACAUAAUCCUACAUUGGGUUGAGGUGGAAAAAUUGAAGUUACAAGACUACUUGGAUAGAAAUUAAUAAUAAAUGUAUGUGGACUUAGACCAGAAAUGGACAAUAUGGUAAUAUUGCAGAGAUAUGGGUGGCCAUUGUCCUAAUAGAUGAUGAUUAGAAAUGAAUAUUUCUUAUAUUGUGAUCUACCAUGAAUUCAAUGGGAUAACAUUUUUUCACAUCUUCAAUUAUGUGUCAUCUUAUAUAAAAGUUCAUAUAUUUUAGGCUUUGUUAUGCUUUGUACAGUUCAACGACGAACCUCAUAAAUAGCGCACACCCGCUUUCAUUUCUUUAUGACCGAUCAACCUUUUUUCAUGGUAUGCAGUCUCGUUUGACAGCAAACAAUGAAGAAAAGCCAUUGCUUAAUCAUCCAGUCAUGAUUGUCUAUUGGGAUCUUUCAAGCUCCUAACUCCAAAUGCUAUUGGAUACAAUAUUCUGGGAAACAAUUAUUUGGUCAUCAAAGUUAUCUUGAAUAUUCAUAGGUGUAUCAUUUCUGAGAAAAACAUAACUUCUCGUACAUAAUGGACAAUAAAGCAGCAGAGAGAGUUGUUAUUGCCAGACCAGUUGCUUCAAGGCCAACAUGUUCCAGUUUCAAGUCAUUCUCUGAUAUCCUUGCAUGUGCCUUCAAUACUUCUUCACCUAAUAUGUCAUCCGAAACCAAGGUUGCUGCCAUUAGACCAAAGACGGUGAGGUUUAAGCUGAAGGAUAAUCCUGCUCCAUCAUCCAGGGCCAAAAUAUCAGAAACGGCCCCUGGAACGAACUCUCGUUGUUCAUCUGAUAAUCUUGCUAUAUCAGACAGCAAUACCACUGUUUUAUUCAAACCUUUGGCAAAGCAUGUAUCAAAAAGGACCGUCUCUCAGCUGUCACUCAUUGGGAACACCAAUUUGCAAAACCGUUUACUGCAUCCACCAGUGGAGGUCUGUAUUCAAUGUCCGAAUCAAGAUGAAGACAAAUUCCAAUCUGCACUGACUUCAAAUCUCUGUAUUCAAUGCCCGAAUCAAGAUAAAGACAAUUUCCAAUCUGCACUGACCUCAAAUCUUCCCCAGAACAUCACAUCCACCGUUGAAAACAGUCAAUCUAUCGAAAGCUCAAGAGUGACAUUAAGUUAUAGCAAAAAGGAUCCAACAUCGCUUCGUCCUCAAAUUAGUUGUGCUCAGCCUUCUUAUGACGGAUAUAAUUGGCGGAAAUAUGGGCAAAAGCAAGUUAAAGGAAGCGAGUAUCCACGGAGUUAUUACAAGUGCACACAUCCAAGUUGUCUUGUCAAAAAGAAGGUUGAAAGAUCAUUGGAUGGGAAGGUUGCUGAAAUAGUUUACAAAGGUGAGCACAACCACCCAAAGCCUCAGCCUCUAAAGCACAACUCAUCCGGGACACAAAGGGAAGGGUCGAUAUCAAAUGGAACUACACGAGAUACUAAUCCGGAGUUAUGGCUCAAUUAUCUCAAUGGACGUAUAGAAGGUUGUGAAAGUAGGCUUGAGAAUCACAUUGAAAACACUUGUCAAGGCAGAGUUACAUUACCCUUCGAACCGGUUGCAAUUAGAGAAGUGAAUGCUGGAUGUGGAAUCUCUGAUAAUUCAUGUGGUCUAAGCAUAGAAUGUGAAGAAGGAAGCAAGGGACUUGAUUCCAUGGAUGAUAAAUUGCGAAGUAAAAGAAGGGGUGGCAAAAAUCCAACAAAUGAAGCUGAUACAUCAAUUGAAGAUGUUAAUGAUCAUCACGCAAUGGCUCGAGGGUCCACUGGCAUCGAGUUCUCUGGCAAAAGCAUUCGCUGGAGAAAAUAUGGGCAGAAAGUUGUGAAGGACGAUUUGUUUCCAUCCUUGCGAAGUUGCCUGAUAUCACUAAGUUACUAUAGAUGUACUGGCCUCAAAUGCAAAGCACGCAAGUAUGUCGAACGAGCAUCUGAGGAUCCAGAUUCCUUUAUCACUACUUAUGAAGGAAAACACAAUCAUGGUAUUUCACUCGGAACUGAAAAGCCUGUAGCUCCUGAAAUGGAAUAAACCAAAAAGUAGAAGCAAAUGAAUUGAUUCAGUUGUGGAGCAGACCAAAGCCAGCAUGUGGAAGUUUAAAGGAGACGUUCAAGAGCUUUUACGAACAUCUGCAUUGGCCUGUCAUGUCGUCUUCAACGAGCAGUUCCUUUGGACUACUCUUCAUUGUGCUGCUUUUAGUUUUUAUGCUUCAAACCAAGUCUUUCAAGUUCCAAUUCAUUUUUGUUCUUAAUUAAUACCUUCUGUCCAUUGUGAUAUUCAUACAAGAGUUUUGAGUAAAUUUUCAAGCACUUUCAUCGAGUAUUUUUUUUUUUUUUUUAUCAUUUUGUAGACAUCAAACCAACAUAAUAAUUUUAUUUUUUUCUC